AUGUCUACAGAACGACUGAUUUUGAGGUUCGGCUUCGAUUCAACCAGCAGUUUUGUGGCGGCAGAGAACGAUGACGAGCACAUACCCUGUAAACUAGUAGCAAAAGUACAAAGACUAAAGUCUGGAAGGCGGAUAAUCACGAUUCUUGGCCCUGUGGUCAACUACUUUUCAUACACUCACCCAGCAGAUUUUAUGCACAUUAGCACGCAGCCAAUUGUUGCCGGUCAACUCGCUGGAGAAUGCACGUUUCCAGAGCUCUCUGGAAUUCCUCCGCCGAUUUUUACGAAAAUUGACAAGAUUGAUCACCUCUUCAACAAGGCUGCCGCCAGCAGUUUGGCGUCUGGAAAGCUCAGAAAGGACAAUGCUACUUCGACUUUCAACGCUGUUGCUCGUUUUGAAGACACGACCAUACCUUCCUCUCCAGUUUCUUCAUUCUUACUUCCUGCGCCAGACACGGUUCUGAUGGAUUACCUAAAGAAGCUGCUGGACAGAAGACCGCUGUGGCUUAGGAGUUCAAUGGACGAGUUUUUGCCGGCAGAGUUUUCAAAUUGGAAAAAGAGGACCGCAUUUUCCAGAGUCUGCUACUUAUUUUCAGAUGGCCCAUGGAGAGGCUGCAUGUGCAGACUUGGAUACGACCCUAGAAAGGAUCCAGAGGCUCGCAUUUAUCAGACCAUAGACUUUCGUGAUCCUCAUUAUCGCAGCAUUGAUUGGAAGACCGGGAAACGCUCAAGUUCGACUCAAGAGCCGUCGAGUUUGGACAAGAGUUCGCAGGACUUUGAAAAGACAUAUGGCGAAUUCUCAAAGGAUGUGCUUCGACCGAAUCCAGAAGUUCAUUUUCUCGUGGCUCCAACUCGUCCGUCACAGUUGUAUCAACUGUGUGACAUUUGCGACGCUGGAAUACAGAACAUCGUACAGGGCACCGAUGACCAAAAGAGGAGCUCAAAGAUGGAGUGCUCAAAGGCAACAGGUUAG